GAAACCGGAAAUGUCAACCGAGUGACUACGAAGCGGGCCGCUGCAUCUCCACUUUAUAUUACAUAAUGGAUUGCUAAUUUAGGAAACAGUCAUCAUACCUCGUCAAAAGCAAACUGAAUAUGACAAAUGUGUACUCUCUCGAUGGCAUCCUGGUGUUUGGGCUGCUGUUCGUAUGCACCUGUGCAUACCUCAAGAAAGUGCCUCGUAUCAACGGCUGGCUGCUGUCCGAGAAGAGAGGAGUUUGGGGUGUCUUUUACAAAGCUGCGGUAAUUGGGACGCGGCUUCACAUUGCCGUGGCAAUUUCCUGUUUGGCCACGUCUUUCUACGUUCUCUUCUUAAAAUGAUCGUCAGUCUGCGCUGGAAAGGACACCAGUCGGGUGCAGGCUAGGGAUGGACUCAUUACAGUGGUCAUGUACUAAUCCUUAUGGGGGGAAACAUGGAGUGGGGGAAACACUGGACCAGUGAAACCCCAUUGGCCUUGUGGAGCUGGCCAGUGCUGGUGAUUGGGUACAAAACUCUUCACUUGAUAAUUUGUAUGCACUACGGAAAGAAAUGGCAUCCGUAAUCAUCUCUGGAGUUAUUACAGUGGAGAUGGACGGCUGGGAACAUGGUAUCCUUCUAUUGUAGGGGAACACUGUUGUCUCCAGCCCCACCCCAUAAAAAUGUAUACUGAAGGAUGCAUAAGAUUGAAGGGCACCAUGUAUAUUUAUACCAUAUACCUGUACAUAACCUAAAGUUAGUCUAGUUGUAUAUGGACCAUGAAAUGACCGUUCAAGAUUUGCCAUGGGUUCUGUGUGAUCAAAUUGAAAAUGAUCAGUUGUGCUGUUUUUUUUUUCUGUAUCUCCUCUUGUGUAAAGGGUGGAGGGGAAGAUAAAGCUAAUGUAUAAAGAUUUUAUGGUCUAUACUUUUGUUUCCCCCUCCCUUUUUUUUGUUUCUUACGUUUUCUCAACAGUUCUGUUUGACAUCUCUUAAAGGAGCUAAUGCAGAGUCUGGGCCAGGAUCACCUGCUCUUCGCUCUCACCGCUGACAUCACAAGUAAACAUUGAAGUGGUAGAGCCAACGUGGCAGUGGAGAGCAGUGUUGGGUAAGCACUGGGAACACUGACUCUCAAGUGGAGGCAGCCUAGCUUCUGCAAGGACAACGUCCCACCACCAGGGUCUGCAGUGGGGCAUGAACCGGGAGAGCCAACUGUUUUAAAGACAAGACGGAGUUUCACGCUUUAACAUGCACACGCGGCCGGCCCAGCUACCAAAACAAAGAACUAAGAAGCUGAUUACAACAAAAACAAGGAGUUUCACUGCUCAGGAUGCUAUUUCUCCAUUUAUGUCAGGAAUGUGGCAUAUAGCUCCUUUUAUGCUUAGUUUUAGGUUUGAAAUACACAUGUUGCACAGGUGUGUUGUAUUUCCGUUGACAUCUAAUACAAUAACGUUUUUAAUGUUAUAAAAGCGUGACAUGUAGAAUACAAUGUUUUACCGCAACUGUAGAAUAUUCCUGAGAGGAGAAUAACUUUAAAAGAUGGCUUAUCUUACUAUAUUGUGAAAAUUCUAUAUCUAUUUCUGUCUUGCCUAAGCAUUUAAAUGCAAUGCCAAAUAUUGAUGGUGCUUGUUGCAUCUGAAUUAAAUUCUGUCACUUUUUUUUUUU